AUGCCUUCACGGCGCAUUGCUCGCAGCGCUUCGCUCUGCGCCACGCGCCUCGGCCGCACCGCGAUCGUCAUGGUGGCAGCGGCGGCGCUCCUGGCACAGCUGCAGCCGGCCAGCGCCGAGGGCGCCCUGCCUCCGUGGCUCGCGCCGCUGCUGCACCCGCUCAGCUUCCUGCGGCCCGGCGGCAGCAGCGCGGCAGCGGCGCCGCGGGCCGCGGCCGUCCCCACCACGUCAAGUCCAGAGCUUGACCAGCGGCCGCCGCCAGCCCCCUCGGCAGUCGAGCUUGACCGCCCCGCCGCCGCCACCGCCCUCGCCGUCGGCUCCGCGGCCGGCUGGCGGGCCUUCGACCUCUCCACCGGCGCGCAGCUGCCCGCGGCCCGCGUGCCGAGCGGCAAGCGAGCGUGGAGCGCCGGCAACGUGCGCGUUGGGCCCGGCGGCGCGGAGCUCUUGCUGGCCACGUUUUUUGGGGACCCCUUCUCUACCCGCAACUUCAAAGGCGCCAUCGAGGCGCUCCGCACGUCGGGCUCCGGCAACCUCCGCCGCUUCAGCAAGCUGCACCCGAAUUUCGACCUGCGGCGGCCCGCUGACCUGGCGUGGGUCGAUGCCGCGGUGCCGUCCGCGCUCGGCGGCGGCGGCGGCGGCGUGCGGCGGCAGCUGAUAGUGGCGGCAGUCGGGAACGACGCGCUGCCGGCGUACGACGCGGAGACGGGGCGGCUGCUGUAUGGCCCCAUCAGCCUCGCGCUGGACCGCGCGGGCCGCAUCCUCUAUGUCGCCACCCAGGGUUCCUGGUGCAGCGACAGCAGCAUCUCCUUCCCGCCCCACCUCAGAUCUGCGCUGCUCGCGGUGCCGCUGAGCAGCGGGCGGCCCGAGCUCGUCGCCACAAUCCCAUCGGGCGCGGCCGGCCGCUUCCGGGGGCUCGCGUGGGUGCCCGCGCGUGCGCUCACGCCGCCGGCCGCGGCAAAGGGCGCGCUCGCCGCGGCCGGCGCGAACGCGUCUGCGUCAUCGGCGGCGGCGCCGCCGGCGCCCCGCAAUGCGUCGGCGGUAGGCACCAAGGCGGCGGCCGUGGCGGCGGACAACGAGCUGCUCGUGGUUUCGGAUUCUGUGGGGAAGCUUCGCUGGUACUCCCCCGCCACCGGCGCCCUGCUCAAGACGGCGGACGCGGCUGCCGGCGUCCCCGGGGCCAAGGCGGGCGCCCCGGCGGCGCUGUCGUUUGGGCAGCUGCGGGCGCGCGGCGGGUUCAUAUACGUGGCAGCCUCGGAGGCGGCCGGCGGGAAGCGCGGCUACGUGCUGCGCUUUACAGCGGCGGGCGCGCCGGCGGGGCGGGACGGCAAGGGCACAUCGCCGGUCUGGAUUGGGCCGGUGGAGGGGAUGAAGCAAGUAAAUGGCUUGGCCAUCCUUUAG